UCCGGGAUCCGGCAACUUUGGGCAGCGCAUGCGCGCCCGCGGCGCUCCAUCCCAAACACACACACAUUUUUCCCCCGGACUUGGAAAGUCACCCAAAGCCGCCCCAAGUGCAGGCAGACAGACCUCCCAGAUUGAAGGCAACUCUCCGUCCACCAGUCCUGCCAGCUGCCGCGGCCAUCCACCCCUCCUUGACAAGGGGACCCUGCCACACUCCAGCAGUGCACGUGGGCAUGGACUUUGAACCUCAGCCUCUUGGAAUGCAAAGGAUGAAGUGACACCCCGAGCUGCACACGAGGAGCCUCUAGGACCCGGUAUAAGAGUUUGGGACCAAAGAGAGGAGAAUGGAUCUCGGCACAGCUGAAGGCACCCGGUGCUCUGACCCGCCUGCAGGCAAGCCCGCCAUGGCGACCAAGCGCAAAGGCGGCCUGAAGCUCAAUGCCAUCUGUGCCAAGCUGAGCCGCCAGGUGGUGGUGGAGAAGGGAGCAGAAGUUGGCUCCCUUAUUGAGGGCAGCCCCUUGCGGCCCCGGGACAAAGAGCGCGGUGGCCCUGAGUCUGGGGUAGCCCGGGCCCCGCGCAGCGAAGAAGACAAGCGGCGGGCAGUGAUCGAGAAGUGGGUCAAUGGGGAGUACAGUGAGGAGCCAGUGCCCACCCCUUUGCUGGGGCGGAUUGCCCGCGAGGGCCUGGAGCUGCCUCCCGAAGGUGUCUACAUGGUGCAACCCCAGGGCUGCAGUGACGAGGAGGACCAUGGGGAAGAGCCUGCCAAGGACAGCAGUGUCCUGGAGGAGAAGGACUUGGACCGGGCAGCUGCUAAGGACGACAGUGGUCCCAGUGCCAAGCAGGCUUCGGGUGAGGCCUCCUCACUGCGGGACUAUGCGGCCUCCACCAUGACUGAAUUCCUUGGCAUGUUUGGCUAUGAUGACCAGAAUACCAGGGACGAGCUGGCCAGGAAGAUCAGCUUCGAGAAGCUGCACGCAGGUUCCACCCCUGAGGGGGCUGCCUCCUCCGUGCUGCCCUCCUCUGAGGACGCCCUCAGCAAGCGGGCACGCUUCUCCAAAUACGAGGAGUACAUCCGCAAGCUCAAGGCUGGCGAACAGCUCUCCUGGCCGGCCCACGGCACCAAGGCCGAGGAGCGGACCGGCAAGGAAGUGGUGGGCCCUCUGCCCAGUCUGAGGCUGCCCAGCAACACAGCCCACCUGGAGACCAAGGCCACCAUCCUGCCCCUGCCUUCCCACAGCAGCGUCCAGAUGCAGGGCCUCAUGGCCCGCGCCUCCAAGUACGACUUCUUCAUCCAGAAACUGAAGACAGGUGAGAGCCUGCGGCCGCAGAACGGGAGCACCUACAAGAAGCCAUCCAAAUACGACCUGGAGAACGUCAAGUACCUCCACCUCUUCAAGCCUGGGGAGGGAAGCCCUGACAUGGGCGGAGCCAUUGCCUUCAAGACAGGCAAGGUGGGGCGCCCCUCCAAGUAUGACGUCAGGGGCGUCCAGAAGCUGGGCCCAGCCAAGGUCCCGCCUGCCCCCAGUCUGGCUCCUGCACCCCUCGUCAGUGCACCCAGCGCCCCCAGCGCCCCCGGGCCUGCACCUGAACCGCCCGCCUCCCUGCCCUUCAACACUCCCGAGUACCUGAAGUCCACCUUCUCCAAAACAGACUCCAUCACCACGGGGACCGUCUCCACUGUCAAGAACGGAUUGCCCACAGAUAAACCAGCUGUCACCGAAGAUGUAAACAUUUACCAGAAAUAUAUUGCCAGGUUCUCGGGCAGUCAGCACUGCGGCCACAUACACUGUGCCUACCAGUACCGUGAGCAUUACCACUGCCUCGACCCGGAGUGCAACUACCAGAGGUUCACCAGUAAGCAGGAUGUAAUCCGGCACUACAACAUGCAUAAGAAGCGUGACAACUCCCUGCAGCAUGGUUUCAUGCGCUUCAGCCCCCUGGACGACUGCAGCGUCUACUACCAUGGCUGCCACCUCAACGGGAAGAGCACGCACUACCACUGCAUGCAGGUGGGCUGUAACAAGGUGUACACGAGCACAUCAGAUGUGAUGACUCACGAGAACUUCCACAAGAAGAACACCCAGCUCAUCAAUGACGGCUUCCAGCGCUUCCGGGCCACCGAGGACUGCGGCACGGCGGACUGCCAGUUCUACGGGCAGAAGACCACGCACUUCCACUGCAGGCGCCCCGGCUGCACAUUCACCUUCAAGAACAAGUGUGACAUCGAGAAGCACAAGAGCUACCACAUUAAGGAUGACGCCUACGCCAAGGACGGCUUCAAGAAGUUCUACAAGUAUGAGGAGUGCAAGUAUGAGGGCUGCGUGUACAGCAAGGCCACCAAUCACUUCCACUGUAUCCGCGCCGGCUGCGGCUUCACCUUCACUUCCACCAGCCAGAUGACCUCGCACAAGCGCAAGCACGAAAGGCGGCACGUCCGCGCCUCGGGUGUGCUGGGGCCACCCCCCUCACUGCUGGGCACCAAGGACAUGGAGCAGGAGGAAUCCAGCAAUGAUGACCUCAUCGACUUCUCUGCCCUGAGCAGCAAAAACUCGAGCCUGAGCGCCUCCCCCACCAGCCAGCAGUCCUCCGCCUCCCUGGCCGUGGCAGCCGCCUCCUCUGCCACCACCACCACCGAGGUGGUGCCCAGCAGUGCCCCCAAGCCUCCCAAUAGCAAGAUGUCCGGUCUGCUGUCCCAGGGCCUGCCCAGCUCCAUCCCGCUAGCCCUGGCCCUCUCCAACUCAGGCCUCCCCGCUACUGCACCUUUCUUCCCUAUCCUUCCUGGCCGUGGGAGCACCUCCCUGCCUGUGGGUGCAUCCAGCCUCAUGGGUGCCAUGUCAUCUGGGGCUGGAGCCUCAACCACCCCUGACAUGCCCACCCUGGCUGGCUCAGGAGCUGGUGACACGGCCCCGGCGACCACCGCCUCUGUCCCAGUGCCCCCAGCAUCCAUCAUGGAGAGGAUCUCUGCGAGCAAGGGCCUCAUCUCGCCCAUGAUGGCCAGACUGGCUGCAGCCGCCCUUAAGCCCUCUGCCACCUUUGACCCAGGAAACGGGCAGCAGGCCACCCCCACCAGGUUCCCCCCGGCCCAGGUGAAGCAGGAGCCUGGUGAGAGCACUGGCACCCCAGGCCCCCAUGAGGCCUCCCAAGACCGAAGUAUAGACCUGACUGUGAAGGAGCCCAGCAAUGAAUCAAAUGGCCACGCAGUCCCAGCAAAUUCAUCUCUUUUAUCCUCGCUUAUGAAUAAGAUGUCUCAGGGCAACCCCAGCCUCGGCAGCCUGCUGAACACCAAGACAGAGGCUGAGGGCAGCCCAGUCACGGAGGCUUCGCCUUUCCUGGGCAGGGCAGUGAAGGCCCUGGUCCAGGAGCAGCUGGCAGAGCCCUGGAAGGUGUACCUGCGAAGGUUUGGCACCAAGGACUUCUGCAAUGCCCAGUGUGACUUCCUCCACAAGGCCCACUUCCACUGCGUGGUGGAGGAGUGUGGCGCCCUGUUCAGCACCCUGGAUGGGGCCAUCAAGCACGCCAACUUCCACUUCCGGACAGAGGGAGGAGCAGUGAAAGGAAACUCAGAGCCUGCCUUCCCGGCCUCAGCUGCUGAGACCAAACCUUGCCUAGCCCCCUCGUCCCCGCCAGCACCUCCUGUGACCACGGCCACGGCUUCCUCCCUGGAGGGGCCAGCCCCCAGCCCGGCCUCCGUGCCCUCCACACCCACCCUCCUCGCCUGGAAGCAGCUGGCUUCCGCCAUCCCCCAGAUGCCUCAGAUCCCAGCAUCAGUGCCUCACCUGCCCGCCUCACCCUUGGCAACGACUUCUCUAGAAAACGCCAAGCCCCAGGUCAAACCCGGAUUCCUCCAGUUCCAGGAGAAGUGAGUCCCUCGAUGAGCCGGGAAUCCCGCGUCCCCCGCGUGUCAUUGGGCGUAGGUGCUAGCAGGGGCAGCCGAGGAGGCCCUGCUCCCCAUCCUGCAGAGUAGCGCUGGCCGUCUCCAGCCUCUCUGGGACAUGGUCAUCCAUCAGUGUCCUUCUAGCCAAAGAUGCUGCUGCUCAGACCUCAGUGCCUGUUCCUGGAGCAGGCCAGGGGCUGCCAGGGGGCCAGGGGCAACGGUGGUGGUAGUGGCUGCUGUGCCAGCUGGGUGGGUGGUCUGGUGAGGGCCAGCUGGAGUAGUGGUCCUCAGAGGACAGGGCUUCUUUAUCCAGCUGGGAGUCCCAAGUCUCCAUCUGGGCCUCCUUGCUGGCACUGCUGUGGCCCGAGCCCACAGCAGGGCACAAGAAGUCAUGCGUGGGGUGAGGGGCUAGGCCCACUGCGUGCACAGAGCUCUGCGCACUCAGGGGUGGAAGGCACCUUCCUCACUGGUUGGUGGUGGCUCCCUGCGGCAAGAACGGUGACUUUGUAUCGUAAUGUGUGCACCGCGGCUUCCUGUUCUCAAUAAAAGUAAUAAAUUGGAU